AUGGCGUCGAAUUUCAAAGCUAAGCGCCUUGUUUUGACCGCGGCUGUGACGUCGAUCACCAUUGCUGGAACGCUUUACGGCGCCGGUCUCAAAUCUGGACAAGAAGUUACCCAGGCAGCUCAAAAGGCACGAGAGGUUUCAAUCGACGAGCGCAUCUCGGCGCUACGGAACACGCGGGAGGAAUUGGCAGCUAAGAAGGGUCUCGUGGAGAAGCAAAUGAAAGACCUGGAGGUUCGAAUCGAGGAGAGGAAACGAAAGAAUAUCGAUGGAUUGAAAAAGGAGCCACCGCACAAUUGA